AGAUUAUAGCCCAGCGUACGAGAAGCAGGAGUCCUAUAGUUGCUGUAGUCCAGGGCCCUGCCAGUUCCUGCUUUAAUGCACAUAUUGUGGUAACUGAGUUCUAACACGGCCUUGGAUGUUUCUGUCCUAAAUAGCUGACAUUGCAUCUUGAAGACUGUCAUUCCAGUUGGCUUUUGAGUGGAUAAUUGUUGCAGUGACAGCAUUGACGUUGGAAGCAACUAGUGCCCGUUUGAAUUACAUAAAACGCCACGAUGAAAAAAAAUACCUGUGAUUCGCUUUCUCGGAGCAAAAGUGCCUCUGAGGAAACACUACAUUCCAGUAAUGAAGAGGAAGACCCUUUCCGAGGAAUGGAACCUUAUCUUGUACGGAGACUUUCAUGCCGAAAUAUUCAGCUUCCCCCUCUCGCCUUCAGACAGUUGGAACAAGCUGACUUGAAAAGUGAAUCAGAAAACAUUCAAAGACCGACCAGCCUCCCCCUGAAGAUUCUGCCUCUGAUUGCUAUCACUUCUGCAGACUCCAGUGGGUGAGUGUCUUCGGGUGUCAUUUCCCCAUUUUAUGUUUUAGAUGGUGAUUGUUAUCUGUGGCCUUUUCAGUUUUUGUGGCUCAUUGCUUGAUUUAAGUGGGAAGAUAAUGGGUUUUCUAGAGUCAAAAAAAGGAUGGUUUUUCUCACGUAACAUCUCUAUCUCUGCAGAAGACACUUUAGUCAAAUCGUUUGGACAGGAAAAGUCGAAAAUAUGUUGAUGAAGGCUAAGGAGGGCAAUUGUACUUGGCAAAUUAGUAUCAUCCAGAUGUGAUUUAAUAAAAAAAUUCUAACAAAUGAGAACUAAUGGACAA